AUGGCUAUUGUAAUCUAAAAAUACUGGAGGAGUUAUAGAGAGCGUCGUAAAGCAACUGAUCAUAAAAUACUGUGUGCCUUUGAAACGGAGACUGUGGAAAGUGGAAUCACGAUAAAUCAAGAUGACAAACCCAGAAUCGAAAAACCUACUUUUACGUAUAAAAUUCUUAAAGCUAGAUUCCCUGGAGGAGCCACUUAUACUGGGGAAUGGAGAGGAAAUUCAAGGGAUGGGUAUGGAAUCCAAAUUUGGCCGGAUGGUGCUAAAUAUGAAGGUGAAUGGAAACAUAACAAAGCAAAUGGAAGAGGUAAAUUUACACACGUUAAUGGGGAUAUUUAUGAAGGAGAAUGGGAAAACGACAUGUCAAAUGGAUAUGGAGUCUAUUAACAUGUUGAUGGCCCAAAAUAUGAGGGAGAAUGGUUUAAUGAUAAGUAACAUGGAUAUGGUAUUGAGUUAUGGCCUGAUGGUUCUAUAUAUGAAGGCUAUUUUUAGAAUUCUUAUAAACAUGGCCAAGGUAAAUAUAUUUGGAACAAUGGCUAAAAAUACGAAGGGGAUUGGUUUCAAAAUAAAAUAUCAGGAAAGGGAAUUUUAAUUUGGGCGGAUGGAAGAAAGUACGAAGGAGAUUUCUAUUUUGGUAAUAUGCAUGGCAGAGGUAUAUAUACUUGGCCAGAUGGUAGAAGAUAUGAGGGAUUAUACUUUAAUGAUAAAAAGCAUGUAAAUCUUAUUCAAUAAUUUAAAAUAAGGGUUUUGGCAUUUAUGACUGGGGGGAUGGAAGGAAAUAUGAAGGAGAGUGGGAAAACGGUAAGCAACACGGGCGAGGAUAUUUUUCUAUUAAUAAGAAAGGAAAAUAUGGACUUUGGUAAAAAGGUAAACGAAUAUCAUGGGAGGAAUAAUGA